AAUGGAACCUUCGCUUCCCAUUCUUCCUCUCACUCUCGUCUUGUCGCUCGCGUUUCAUUCCUCCUUUUUUCUCUGCCCUCUGACUCCGUCUUAACAAAAUCAAAUAAUCAAUCCUUCUUACUUAAAAACAAAACAAACAAAGGAAGAAAAUCAAACCCUUCCCCUCCCAAUCCUCUUUCUCAUUGUUUCUCCCGUUUCGGCAAUUCAUCUCGGUUGCCUCCCCCUCAUGGGUCCUGAUUCUCCAGCUUCACUCGCUCCCGGCUUCCGAUUCCACCCCACCGACGAAGAACUCGUUCGUUACUACCUCAGGCGCAAGGUCUCUGGCAGAUCCUUUCGCUUCGACCCUAUCGCCGUCAUCGACAUCUAUAAAUCCGAACCCUGGGACCUCCCGUGUCAGUCGAAGCUGAAAAGCAGGGACUUAGAGUGGUACUUCUUCAGUGCGCUGGACAAGAAGUAUGGAAAUGGGUCGAGGACGAAUCGGGCCACUGAGAAAGGAUACUGGAAGACUACGGGCAAGGAUCGCCCGGUUCGACACAGCUCUCGUACCGUUGGAAUGAAGAAGACCCUUGUUUAUCAUGGCGGGCGGGCGCCGCGCGGUACCCGUACUAACUGGGUCAUGCACGAAUACAGGUUGGCUGAUGAAGAAUUGGCAAAGGCAGGAAUACAGCAGGAUGCGUUUGUGCUCUGUAGGAUUUUCCAUAAGAGUGGCACUGGGCCAAAGAAUGGGGAGCAGUAUGGUGCCCCCUUUAUAGAGGAAGAAUGGCAAGAUGAUGAUGUUGCUGUGGCUCCACUGCUCGGUGAUGAGGCUGCAACUGAUGAAAUAGUGGUUGGUGAUGAUGCUUUUGUUGAAACGGAUGACCUUGACCAGUGCCUUGACAUGGGUGUGGCAUCUGAACGUGCUGAUCAUGCAUUAAACUUCUAUUAUGGGGAGUGUAGCAGUUAUCCUGAGCAUUGCCAAGAAUUGAUUGCAGAUCAGAAGCCCUUGGUAGGAACUGCUGAAACUUAUGAGCCUCGAGAUGACCUUUUAUUGAAUAAGCCUGAGCAACUUGCUUUGGAUAGCAAACUAGUGAAAGAUGGCAUCAAGGCUGAAGCAAGUCAUGAAGGAUGUUUCUUGAAUCACAAUUACACAUUUGAUGAGACAUACUUGGAUGCUACUGAUACUCUUCUUGCCAGUAAUGGAUCAUUCCUGGAAACUGCUGAUCUGGUGAAUCCAGUUGAGGCAAAUCCUGCUGAGACAGGUGCAGCUGAUGCUGAUGUACUAGAGUAUCUUACGUACUUUAAUGACAGUGAUGAUGUUUCUCAGUAUAUCUCUUUCGAUUCUCCUGGGUUGGCAGGGAGUGAAUACCCUGAAACUGACCAAGGACCACCUUUAACCCAACUGAAUAUGGGCGAAGAAUCCAAGAAUAUUCUCAUGGCAAGUAAAAUUGAUGUGGAAGCCCAUUCUAGUGAAGAAGCUUCUUAUUUGAAGCAGCGUCAGGAGGCAUCGAAAUUGGUGUCAGGAAAUACAUACCCAUUUAUGAAGCAGGACAGUCACUUGUUGGGCAGCAUCCCUUCUCCCCCUGCAUUUACUUCUGAGUUUCCUCCUAAAGAAAUUGCUCUUCGUCAUCAUUCCACAGGUCAAUGUUCCAAUUCAGCUCAUGUAACUGCUGGCAUGAUCAGAAUAACAGACUUCACUGUAAGAGGCAACAGGUUGGACUGGAUGCUGGGCAAAAAUGGAGAGUUCAGUGUUGUAAUCUCAUCCUGCUUUUGGCCUGAUGUUAACCCUGUUGCUUUAGUGCCUAUUUCUGGUUUACUCUCUGGGAAGUCUGCAUUUGUUGUGUCACACGGCUGGAUUUUCUUGGUCUUCUUUUCAGUGCUGAUUCUUUCACUGAGUUUCAAGGUUGGAAGUUUCAUGUAUCCCAGUAAAUGACAAAUCCGUAGGCUUGUUAUGAUACAAUGGGCUGCAUUUAGUAAAGCGACCUCUGAUGCUUAUGGGUGUGUUCCUAUUGGAGGACUAGGAUUAGGAAUGACCCUGUAGAUUUGUCUACUUCAAAUAUAGUAGGAAGAAUGACAAUUUAUGAGGCUUGAAUGACAAAAAAACAGAAUUUUCGUGGAAGAUCGGAAGAUACUCUUUUGUUUGUAUCUUCUAAAGUAUUACAAGUUCUUUGUAAAAUCAAACUUCAAGAAGCAUGAAUGGUGAGUACAAAAACUAAUGUAUGUUAUGUUUAGAUUA